AUGGCUGUUCGUGCCCAAUUUGAAAACUCGAAUGAAGUUGGUGUCUUUGCGACAUUGACAAAUUCAUAUGCCGUGGUUGCUAUUGGAGGUUCAGAGAAUUUCUACAGUGUCUUCGAAGCCGAAUUACAAGAUGUCAUUCCCAUCUGCCAUGCCACAAUCGCUGGUACCCGAAUUGUCGGCCGACUGACUGCUGGAAACCGCAAAGGUCUCCUAGUACCCACCUCCACAACAGACCAAGAGCUGCAACACCUCCGAAAUUCGAUACCAGACACAGUUAAGAUACAGCGGAUAGAGGAGCGAUUAUCAGCAUUAGGAAAUGUGAUUUGUUGCAAUGAUCAUGUGGCGCUUAUACAUCCUGAUUUGGAGCGAGAAACGGAGGAAAUCAUUGCCGAUGUUCUCGGCGUCGAGGUUUUCCGCCAAACAGUAGCCGAUAAUGUCCUCACAGGAUCAUACAUGGCACUCUCCAACCAAGGAGGCAUCGUUCACCCCAAAACCUCUAUCCGGGACCAAGACGAGCUGUCAUCGCUACUACAAGUGCCACUUGUGGCCGGUAGCGUCAACCGUGGUAGCCCCGUCGUGGGUGCGGGUAUGGUCGUCAAUGACUGGCUCGCCGUCACAGGCCUCGACACGACAGCCACCGAGCUUAGCGUUGUCGAGAGCGUUUUCCGUCUUGGUGAGAUGGGUGCCAAGGGUCUCGGAAUGGGUAAUGCGAAUAAGGAAAGCAUCGUGGAAAGCUUCUAUUAA